GUGAAUUGGACUCACAUGACAAGACACAGAGCAGAUGCCGUUGUAAAAAACAACACAACUGCGUGUGUAAGAGGAAACGAUACUUCCUCUUUCACGUGUUGGAAGUUCUCUGCUUUGUUUAAAUCGGCUGCAAACAACCCUGUUGAUUGUUCUGCGACAAGGAUGCGCGCUUUGUGUUCUGUGUUGCUUUUGGCCUUCCAGGCCCUCGGCAACGCUUCCCUGGUGUUCCACAACGUUUGGGACGAGUGGCGGGUCAAACAUCACAAGGUUUAUGCAAACGAGACUGAGAUGGUUUUCAGGAGAGCAGUUUGGGAGAAGAACCUGCAGAUGGUGUUGAGACACAACCAGGAGGCCUCAGCAGGAAAACAAAGCUUCGCAAUGGGACCCAAUCAUCUGUCUGACAUGACAGCUGAUGAGAUCAACGAGAAGCUAAACGGCCUGAAGCUGGAGCAGCCUGUUCAUUUCACAAAUGGCACUUUUAAGGACGGUAGUGGUUUAUUGACACCUCAGAGUGUCGACUGGAGAGAUGACGGCCUGGUCACUCCAGUCCAAAACCAGGGCUUGUGUGGUUCCUGCUGGGCCUUCAGCUCUUUAGGAGCUCUUGAGGGACAGAUUAAGAAGCGAACAGGUGUCCUUGUCCCCCUGAGCCCACAGAACCUGGUGGACUGCAGCACCGACGACGGAAAUCACGGCUGCAGAGGAGGAUACAUCUCCAAAUCCUUCAGAUACAUCAUCCGCAACCGAGGCGUAGACUCCGAGAGCUUCUACCCCUACGAACACAAGGACGGUAAGUGUCGGUAUUCUGUGAAGGGAAAGGCCGGCUACUGCUCUGAUCUACACAUGCUCCCGCGGGGAGAUGAGAAGACUCUGCAGGCUGUGGUGGCGUCAGUGGGGCCCGUCGCUGUGGCAGUGAACGCCAUGCUGCCAUCUUUUCAUCUCUACAGAGGAGGUUUAUAUAACGUACCAAACUGCAACCCAAAGCUUACAAACCAUGCUGUGCUGGUUGUGGGCUACGGCGCAGACGGAGGACAGGACUACUGGCUGGUUAAGAACAGGUUUUGUGAUUUCAGUUGGGGAACUGCGUGGGGAGAAAAAGGCUUUAUUCGAAUGGCCCGAAACAAGAACAAUCUCUGUGGCAUCGCGAGCUUUGCAGUCUACCCCAUGCUAUGCAUAAAUAUUGUAAGCUUCAGCUGGAUUUUCCCCUGGUCAUCUUCCCCGGUUGGUCACGUUUUAGAGGGAUCUGUCAUUAAACGAGGAUACAAUAUGAUUACUUUUCACUGUUCACUUUUGAGCAUAUUUUAUUGUCCCAGCUUCUCAUUGAUGAUUGACAUCAGCUGGCAGUGUCUUAAUAAACUGCAGAUGCCCAAUCAAAGUUUGAGGCAGCCCACUAGGCCUCCAUAUAAAACCACUUUGAUUUCCCUGUGGUGUUCACACGUUCUCCUCUUUCUGGGUCCAGAGAUGUUUUGCAAUCUGCUGCUCAUCAGUUUGUGGGGUUUUGCUGCUGCAGCAGCCAUCAAUUUACCAGAAGAUGGACACUGGUUUCUCUGGAAGAAGAUGCAUAAUAAACAAUAUUCUCACCAGGUUGAGGAGUCUGGUCGCAGGCGGAUUUGGGAAGAGAACUUGGAAAUGAUUGCUGUUCAUAACCUUGAAGCCUCUCUGGGCUUACAAACUUAUGAGCUGGCAAUGAACCAUAUGGGGGAUCUGACCACUGAGGAAAUUACUGGCAUGCUGAUGGGCACCAGUGUCCCUUCUGACCUGGAGAGGGGUCCUUCAAGCUUUGUCAGGCUCAACACCUCUCUACCACAGUCACUGGACUGGAGGGAUGAAGGCCUGGUAACUGAGGUCAAACUACAGGGUUCUUGUGGCUCUUGUUGGGCCUUCAGUGCAGUUGGUGCUCUGGAGGGGCAACUUAAGAAGACCAAAGGCAUCCUGUUGUCCCUCAGUUCUCAAAACCUGCUGGAUUGUUCUGGGAAAUGCGGCAACCACGGGUGCAAAGGUGGCUUCAUGUCAAACGCCUUCAAGUAUGUCGUAAGGAACCAUGGCAUAGCUUCUGAUGCAAGCUACCCCUACGUUGGCAUGCAGGGUCCAUGCAACUAUGACUCAGAGCACCGGGCUGCUAACUGCUCUGGAUACGUCUUCUUACCGGCGGGGGACGAGUUGGCCUUGAAGGAAGCUCUGGCUACGGUCGGCCCCGUGUCCGUAGCUAUUGAUGCCUCCCGGCCAAAGUUUGUCUUCUACCGGCAUGGUGUGUACAAGGACGUCUCGUGUACCCAGAAAGUGAACCACGGCGUGCUGGUUGUGGGCUACGGCACUGAGGGGACGCACGACUACUGGCUAGUCAAAAACAGUUGGGGUGUGCGAUACGGGGAUGAAGGCUACAUCAAGAUGGCCCGGAACAGCCACAACCAGUGUGGCAUCGCUCGCUAUGCCACCUAUCCCAUCAUGUGAUCAGCAGAUUAACACUUUUUGGAUGUUUUUUUCUGUCCGCAAUGGUUGUGACAUAAUGGGUUUUAAUUACUACUGUGACUUGAAUGCCCAAUUGGUUAAUCAUUUGUUCAGUAUAACCAUGUGAGCAACAGGCCUCUGGAGAGCAAACUGGAAGCACAGCUGGUCUCUAAGAAUCAAGAUCAGCUGAAACGACUUCAUUUGCUUGUAACUCACUUUGAAGUUGACUAACUCAUCUGAACCGGACCUUGAGAAAAUAAAGGUGUUAUGUUUUUUUUUUUU